AUGAAACGGUAUAAGGUUCGGCCGCAUCAGAACCCCUUAAAAAACGAGAAUAUUCGGCCGAAUCCGAAAUCGAAGUUUGGAUUCGAUGAUGCUCAAAUCCGACUGGUGAAUGGGAACAACAACUGCUCUGGGAGAGUGGAGAUCUACCAUGAUGGCCUGUGGGGAACUGUCUGUGAUGAUGACUGGGAUCUGAAUGAUGCUGCAGUAGUCUGUAGACAGCUGGACUACCACCCGCUGAUACGACUGGUCAAUGGGAAUGGUCACUGCUCUGGGAGAGUGGAGAUCUACCAUGAUGACCGGUGGGGAACUGUGUGUGAUGAUGAUUGGGAUAUGAAAGAUGCUGCAGUAGUCUGUAGACAGCUGGGCUGUGGGAGUGCUGUGUCUGCUCCACAUAGUGCCCACUUUGGCCAGGGGAGUGGAAAAAUCUGGAUCGAUGAUGUUGCUUGUAAAGGCAGUGAGUCCUCCCUCACACAAUGCUCAUACCGUGGGUUUGGAUUACACAACUGUGGUCAUGGUGAAGAUGCCAGUGUCAUUUGUUUAGGUGGUGCUCAGAUCCAACUGCUUAAUGGGAACAACAGCUGCUCUGGGAGAGUGGAGGUCUAUUAUGAUGGCCAGUGGGGAACUGUGUGUGAUGACAGCUGGGAUCUAAAUGAUGCUGCAGUGGUCUGUAGACAGCUGGGCUGUGGGAGUGCUGUGUCUGCUCCACAGAGUGCCCACUUUGGUCAGGGGAGUGGAAACAUCUGGCUGGAUGACGUUGGUUGUUCAGGCAAUGAAUCCUUCCUCACACAGUGCUCACAUAAUGGGUUUGGGAUUGAAAACUGUGGUCAUCAUCAAGAUGCUGGUGUUAUCUGUUCAGGUGGUCCUCAGAUCCGACUGGUUAAUGGCAACAAUAAUUGCUCUGGGAGAGUGGAGAUCAAUUACAAUGGCCUGUGGGGAACUGUGUGUGAUAACAACUGGGAUCUGAAAGAUGCUUCAGUGGUCUGUAGACAGCUGGGCUGUGGGAGUGCUGUGUCUGCUCCACAAAGUGCCAUAUUUGGCCAGGGGAGAGAGCCCACCUGGCUGGAUAAUGUUGCUUGUAAAGGCAGUGAGUCAUCCCUCACACAGUGCUCACACCGUGGGUUUGGGAAUGAAAACUGCGGUCAUCAGCAAGAUGCUGGCGUAGUCUGUUCAGGUGGUCUUCAGAUCCGACUGGUCAAUGGGAACAAUAGCUGCUCUGGGAGAGUGGAGGUCUACCACGAUGGCCUGUGGGGAACUGUGUGUGAUGAUGACUGGGAUGUGAGUGAUGCUGCAGUGGUCUGUAGACAGCUGGGCUGUGGGACUGCUGUGUCUACUGCAAUAUUUUCCCAAUUUCGCCAGGAGGGUGGUCCUGAGAUCCGACUGGUUAAUGGGAAGGGUCGCUGCUCUGGGAGAGUGGAGGUCUAUCACUAUGGCCUGUGGGGAACUGUGUGUGAUAAAAACUGGGAUCUGAAUGAUGCUGCAGUGGUCUGUAGACAGCUGGGCUGUGGGAAUGCUGCGUUUGCUUCAAAAGGUUCCCAGUUUGGCCAGGGGAGUGAGCCCACUUGGCUGGAUAAUGUUGCAUGCAAAGGGAAUGAGUCCUUCCUCACAGAGUGCUCACAUAAUGGGUUUGGGAAUGAAAAUUGUAAUCAUGGUCAAGAUGUUGGUGUUAUCUGUUCAGGUAAUGCUCAGAUCCGACUGGUUAAUGGGAACAGUUGCUGCUCUGGGAGAGUGGAAGUCUAUUACAGCGGGCAGUGGGGAACUGUGUGUGAUGACAGCUGGGAUCUGAAUGAUGCUGCAGUGGUCUGUAGACAGCUGGGCUGUGGGGGUGCUGUGUCUGCUCCACAGGGUGCGCGCUUUGGCCAGGGGAGAGAGGAAAUUUGGCUGGAUGACAAGGUCUCAGGGUCAUUCUCAGAGACAAGGAAUGCCACCAUCAACUCUGCCACCUUCACCAUCACUGCUGUGAACUUUGUUCAUGAGGGGGCUUACCGCUGUCAGUAUAAGACAAGGAAGGUCUCAGGGUCCUACAGAGACACAAAAAGUUCCAGUUCCAAUUCUGCCACCUUCACCAUCACUGCAGCGAACUUUGUUCAUGCGGGGGUUUACCGCUGCCAAUAUCAGACAAGAGUAUCAGAACGCCUCUUCACCUCUCCCAACAGUGACACUGUCAGUUUCUCUGUCAUAGUGAGCCUACCGAAGCCACACAUCUCUGUCAGUGCCAGAGAGGUUACCUGGGGUCACAGUGUUGACAUCACCUGCUCCAUCACUACAGUGCACUCUGGUGGUACAUUUGUGCUGCAGAAGGUCUCAGGGUCCUACAGAGAUACAAAAAAUUCAAGUUCCACUUCUGCCACCUUCACCAUUACUGCAGUUGACUUUGUCCAUGAGGGGGCUUACCACUGCCAGUAUCAGAUUAGACCAUUGGAACGCCUCUUCACCUCUCCCAACAGUGACUCUGCCAGUUUCUCUGUUACAGUGGUCCUAUGGCAGCCCAGCAUCUCCAUCAGGGUACACCGAGGAGGGGUGACCUGGGACCUCCAGGAGCCAGAGGUGAUCAGGGGCCACAGUUUCACCAUCACCUGCUCCACUCUACCACAGUACCCAGGAGGCAUCUUCCACCUGACAUUCACAGGGUCCAGUAGGACUGAGACUCAGGCUGCUGUCGGUCACUCUGCCUCUUUCCUGUUUCCUGCUGCGGAAUUUUCCCACCAGGGGAAUUACAGCUGUGUUUAUGAGACCACAGUUUCCACCCGCAACUUCAGUUCCCCACAGAGUGAACUGUUGCCACUAAUGGUCAGAGAUCACCCGCUGAUACGACUGGCAAAUGGCAAUGGCCGCUGCUCUGGGAGAGUGGAGAUCUACCAUGAUGGGCAGUGGGGAACUGUGUGUGAUGACAGCUGGGAUCUGAAUGAUGCUGCAGUAGUCUGUAGACAACUGGGCUGUGGGAGUGCGGUGUCUGCUCCACAGAGUGCCCACUUUGGCCAGGGGAGUGGAAACAUCUGGCUGGAUGAUGUUGGUUGUAAAGGCAAUGAGUCCUUCCUCACACAGUGCUCACACCCUACAUUUGGAUCACAUGACUGUGGUCAUGGUGAAGACGCUGGUGUCAUCUGCUUAGGCUUAUUUCCAAAGGUUAUCCGACUGGUUAAUGGGCACAGUCACUGCUCUGGCAGAGUUGAAGUCAAUUACAAUGGCCUUUGGGGAUCCCUGUGCGAUGAUAGCUGGGAUCUGAAGGAUGCUGCAGUGGUCUGUAGACAGCUGGGCUGUGGGAGUGCUGUGUCUGCUCCACAAAGUGUCCACUUUGGCCAGGGGAGUGAGCCUACCUGGAUGGCUGAACUUGCUUGUGAAGGUGAUGAGUCUUUCCUCUUGGACUGCUCACACCGUGGGUUUAGGAAUGACACCUGCAGUCAUAGUGAAGAUGCUGCUGUUGUCUGUUCAGGUGGUCCUCAGAUCCGACUGGUUAAUGGGAACAACAGCUGCUCUGGGAGAGUGGAGAUCAAUCACAAUGGCCUGUGGGGAACUGUGUGUGACAAAAACUGGGAUCUGAAAGAUGCUGCAGUGGUCUGUAGACAGCUGGGCUGCGGGAAUGCUGUGUUUGCUCCACAGAGUGCCCACUUUGGUUGGGGGGAUGAGCCCACCUGGCUGGAUAAUGUUGCUUGUAAAGGUGAUGAGUCCUUCCUCACAGAGUGCUCACAUGAUGGGUUUGGGAAUGAAAGCUGUGGUCAUCAUCAAGAUGCCGGAGUAGUCUGUUCAGGUGGUCCUCAGAUUCGACUGGUUAAUGGGACUGACAGCUGUUCUGGGAGAGUGGAGGUCUACCACAAUGGCCGGUGGGGAACCCUUUGUGACAACAGUUGGGAUCUGAAAGAUGCUGCAGUGGUCUGUAGACAGCUGGGCUGUGGGACUGCUGUGUCUACAUUUGGUGGGGCCCACUUUGGCCAGGGGAGUGAACCCAUCUGGCUGGAUGUUUCUUGUAAAGGCGAUGAGUCCUUCCUCACAGAGUGCUCACACCGUGGGUUUGAGUCUGUAAACUGCAGUCUUAGUAAAGGUGCUGGCAUUGUCUGUUCAGGUGGUGCUCCAAUCCGACUGGUUAAUGGGAAUGGUCGCUGCUCUGGGAGAGUUGAAGUCUAUUACAGCGGGCAGUGGGGAACUGUGUGUGAUGACAGCUGGGAUCUGAAUGAUGCUGCAGUGGUCUGUAGACAGCUGGGCUGUGGGAGUGCUGUGUCUGCUCCACAUAGCGCCCACUUUGGUCGGGGGGAUGAGCCCACCUGGAUGGAUGAUGUUGCUUGUAAAGGCAGUGAGUCCUUCCUCACACAGUGCUCACACCGUGGGUUUGGGAAUGAAGACUGCAGUCAUAGUGAAGAUGCUGGUGUUGUCUGUUCAGGUGGUCGUCAGAUCCUACUGGUUAACGGGAACAACAGCUGCUCUGGGAGAGUGGAGAUCAAUCACAAUGGCCAAUGGGGAACUGUGUGUGAUGACGACUGGGAUAUGAAUGAUGCUGCAGUGGUCUGUAGACAGCUGGGCUGCGGGAAUGCUGUGUUUGCCUCAAAAGGUUCCCAGUUUGGCCAGGGGAGUGAGCCCACUUGGCUGGAUAAUGUUGCUUGUAAAGGUGAUGAGUCCUUCCUAACAGAGUGCUCAAAUAAUGGGUUUGGGAAUGAAGACUGCAGUCAUGGUGAAGAUGCUGGUGUUGUCUGUUCAGUGAACCUACCAAAGCCAAGCAUCUCUGUCAGUGCCAGAGAGGUUACCUGGGGUCACAGUGUUGACAUCACCUGCUCCACCAUAACAGAGAAGUCUUUUGGUACAUUUGUCCUGCAGAAGGUAUCAGGAUCCUACAGAGAUACAAAAAGUUCCAGUUCCAAUUCUGCCACCUUCACCAUUACUGCAGUGAACUUUAUUCAUGAGGGGGCUUACCGCUGUCAGUAUCAGAUAAGAGCACUGGAACACCUCUUCACCUCUCCCAACAGUGACUCUGCCAGUUUCUCUGUUACAGUGAGCCUACCAAAGCCAAGAAUCUCUGUCAGUGCACGAGAAGUUACUUGGGGUCACAGUGUUGACAUCACCUGCUCCAUCACUACAGUGCACUCUGGUGGUACAUUUGUGCUGCAGAAGGUCUCAGGGUCCUACAGAGACACAAAAAGUUCCAGUUACAAUUCUGCCACCUUCACCAUUACUGCAGCGAACUUUAUUCAUGAGGGGGCUUACCGCUGCCAGUAUCAGAUAAGGCUAUCAGAACGCCUCUUCACCUCUCCUGAUAGUGACUCUGUUAGUUUCUCUGUUACAGUGAGCCUACCAAAGCCAAGCAUCUCACUCAGUGCCAGAGAGGUUCCCUGGGGUGGCAGUGUUGCCAUCACCUGCUCCAUCAGUACAGUGCACUCUGGUGGUACAUUUGUCCUACAGAAGGUCUCAGGCUCACUCACAGAGACAAGGAACGCCAGCCCCAACUCGGCCACCUUCACUUUUCGUGCGGUCGACUUUGUUCACCAUGGGACAUACAACUGUCAGUAUAAGACAAGGGUAUCUGAUCGCCCCUACAGCUCUCCUCAGAGUGAUUCUGUCAGUAUUGCUGUGAUCGUGAACCUGCCACAGCCACGCAUCUCCCUCAGUGCCAGAGAGGUUACCUGGGGUGGCAGUGUUGACAUCACCUGCUCCAUCACUACAGUGCACUCUGGUGGUACAUUUGUGCUGCAGAAGGUCUCAGGGUCCUACAGAGACACAAAACGUUCCAGUUACAAUUCUGCCACCUUCACCAUUACUGCAGCGAACUUUAUUCAUGAGGGGGCUUACCGCUGCCAGUAUCAGUUAAGAGCACUGGAACGCCUCUUCACCUCUCCCAACAGUGACUCUGCCAGUUUCUCUGUGAUAGUGGUCCUACUGCAGCCCAACAUCUCCCUCAGUGAUACUGCAGGAGGAAUGAUCUGGGGUUACCAGGGGCCAGAGGUGAUCAUGGGCCACAGUUUCACCAUCACCUGCUCCACCCCACCACAGUACCCAGGAGGCGUCUUCCACCUGACAUUCACAGGGUCCAAUAGGACUGAGAUUCAGGCUGCUGUCAAUCACUCUGCCUCCUUCCUGUUUCCUGCUGCGGAAUUUUUCCACCAGGGGAAUUACAGCUGCAUUUAUGAGACCACAGUUUCCACCCGCAAGUUCAGCUCCCCACAGAGUGAGCAGCUACCCCUAAUGGUCAGAGCUUCCCUGGUCCUGCCAAUCAUCUCUGGAGUAUCAGCAGCACUGAUGCUGAUGCUCCUUUUACUGCUGCCAGCCGUCAUCUGUCAUAUGGGGGUCAUGAACACUUACUCCAACAGAGAAGAAGCCAUUGGAGAGGAGGGUAAUGAAGCCAAUGUCGACACCGAGAGGGACUGUGAAGAGAUUAAGGAGGAAGUCGGUGUGAGUGAAGCUGUCCCUGAGAAUCCCAAACAACCUCAAGAAAAUGAAGACUCUGUGGCUGAAAACAUAUCAUGUAAAAAUUAA